AUGUAGGCUAAACGUUGAGUUUUAUCUCAAUGUCUAUGAGUAACAAUACCAUUGAAAUGACAGAAAACAGAAAUUCAGACUUUUUUUCCAAAGUGGGAGAGAGAAUAACCAAUUCGGAACCAGCCAUGGCUGAAACCAGACAGGAGCUGGGAGAACUACUUUUGAACAACUUUAAUGUUGCACUAAACCAACUAUUUGCGAUCUGGGAUGAGAUCGGGAUUUUUGAAGAACAGCGGCAAGAAAGAAUCGGUGUAGUGAUUCAGCACCUGCGGACUCUGCUCGAAGAGAUGGUGCAGGAAGAAAAGAAUUUGAGGCAGAGGCUCAUAACUAGCGUGGAGAGUUGUGGAGAACAACUUCUAAAGCUGGCUCAAGAGCUUGGCGUGAAACCAUACGAGCCUGAAGAAGGGUUAUCCAUACUUGAACUGGAGAAGGAACUUAGGACGCGAGUAGAUGACCUGUCAAAGGAGAAACACGAACGACUAAAAAUACUAAAACGCCUCAGAGAAGCAGAACACAAACUGUGUACAUUACUUGUUAUACCAUCCCUCUCUAUUCCAAACGAAUCUGGCGUUCCUUCAAAGGAAGAUCUUAAAGAAGUGGAACAGCAUGUGGCAAUGCUGAAAGAAGAAAAGGAGCGAAGACUAUCAAAAUUUCUUCACUUCAAAGAAAACAUUAUAAGGUUCAUGGAUGAAUUAGAGAGAGUCCCAGAAAGCUCCUUUGAGCGAGACAUUAUUUGUGAAGAAGAAGAAUCGUUUAUAUUAUCCCAAGAAAACCUGCAAAAUCUUAAAGAUCUUCAUGACAAGCUUUGCCAAGCCCAUCAAGAAUGCGAAUCAUUAGGUAAAGAGCUGAAAAACAGACUUCAGGUUUUAUGGGACCGACUGGAGGUGGACCAAGUUGAACAGAAUCAGUACCUUGCUGCCCACCAAGGCUUUCGUCCCUCAACUCUGGAAGCUUUUCAAAAGGAAAUUGACAAGUGUGAAGUCGUGAAGCGUCAGAAUAUAAAAGUAUUUGUGGACAAAAUGAGAAAUGAACUAAAGCAGUGGUGGGACAAGUGUUUCUAUGGAGAAAAACAAAGAGAGGACUUUAAGCCUUUCUAUAGUGACAAUUACAACGAAGAACUGCUUGAUGCUCAUGAUGCAGAGGUUCAUAAAAUGAAGACCCUGUAUGAAGAACAUCAAGAAAUUUUUAUGACGUUAGAAAAAAGGGAAGAUUUCUGGCAAAAGAUGAUUGAAUUUGAGAAAAAAGCAAGUGAUCCACACAGGUUUACAAAUAGAGGUGGAUCUUUACUGCAAGAAGAAAAAGAAAGAAAACGGCUGCUAAAGGAGCUACCAAAGUUGGACAAAGAGUUGGUGGAGAAAAUUUCAAUGUUGGAGAAAAAUCAAGAUCGGGAGUUUCGUGUGAGGGGAACUAAAAUCCAGGAGUAUAUAGAAGGAUUAUGGGAAAGUCACAGGGAAGAAAAAGAGAUGGCAAAACAGCAAAGGCAUCAGCUUAAAGCGAAACAACUCAAACAAGAAUUGGUAAGCAGUUCUCGGCCAACUUCAAGCAAACGAAGGCACGAAGCGGUAACGCCAGGUAAAACUCCAACCAGGACUAGGAAAAUGAGGGGAAGCAAGGAAAAGACCAAUGCACCUGGUACCCCCGUUUCUGUUAACUGUUUUCAGACACCUGGAACAACUAUAUUUCACUCUCCUGUUGAAUUACCACCUCGUUCGGCUGGAAGAACACCUUGGCGUUCACCUGCACCCCACCAACUAAACCCAGCAAAAACAACUCCAGGGCGUACCAUGAAUAAAGAAAGGAAAAUAUUAGGAAUAAUGGAUAAUAAUCAACAGGGCACCACCCAACUGAUAGCUCCGGGAGAAAAUUUUGAUAAACAGAACAAGAUCGUGAACCCUACAGCUGCCAGCGUUUCUUCUUAUACCGAUUUCACUGUAGCUCUGUGUGACGGAUAAGGAGUGUUUAACAGUACAGAGAUUGACGUACCAAACAUAGCUGUCCAUCCUCCCUCUUCAGAUGAAAAUGUUCCACCUGAGUCACUGAAAUGUAGCAUCCGUGCUCCUUCUAUUAUUUAUUAAAACCCAGAGAAACCACUAUGAAUCUUCAAUAUUCACUGACACCAAAAACAAAUAAGAUUUGUAAUCACUACUCCAUCAUUGCUGAAGAUGUGGCUUUGUUGUUGUUCUUCAACAAAUGUGUGAUGAUCAUGUGUUAAAAAAAAGAGAGAGAACAAAUUUACUCUGUGUAUUUUUCUUUCAUAUUUGUAAAAUUUGAAAGAAAAUGUUUGAAUUUAGUUAUAGGUUCUUUUUUGUAUUAGAUUAAUGGUGCUAGUUAAAAUUAUAAGAUUUAUAUAUGUUUAUCAGUUUUCAUUUUAAAAUAAAUCUUAUUUUGUACUUCUUUUCCCCCAUUUAGAUUGAUUAAUAAUAGCUUGAAGUCGGUACUAAUAAUCGAAGCUAUGAUGUGUGAUUAUUUCAAAAUCAAUCAACAAUCUCUCUCUCUUUUUUCUUUUUCAAAUUUUUUUACCACCAUUGAACAAAGCAUUUCAUUAUCAUGUACUUGUAGGUUUUAGUUUUUACUCCUAAAAAUAAAAUCAAUUAAAUAAAAUUUUUAUCUCAAGACCAGCUUAUCACAGAAGAGCAUUUGUGUUAGGUCAACAGUGAUUUUUUUUAUUAUGCUUACUAUGAUAUAUAAUAUUGACCAAAAGUUAGAUAACAUUAUUUGAAUUAUUGAGGGCAUAUUAGUCUAUAUUACAAAUAUAUGAAUAUAUAUAUGUGUGUGUGUGUUUGUGUAGAUUAACAUUUAUUUUUUGCCUAAAAAAUUUCAGACCUUACGAAUUAAAAAUACCAAAAUGGUUCUUAUUUAUGCUAGAAAUGUGACAGUUAAAGAGGAUCUGUUAAUUACUCUGUUGAAAGUCAUGAAAAGUUUCAUUGAUAAAGAGGUGUUUUACUUGAUUUGAUAUACUAGCUAUGUAUAAAGUUAUAUGCCUUUUACAAUUUGUAUUUUAAUUUUUAAUAUAGCUGUUGUAUUGUAGAAUAGAGCAUUUUCAAAACUUGAUGUAGAAUAUUUGUACAAAGUUAUGUUUGAUUUCUUUGCAAUGAAUAUAUUUUUAUGAGCUGCAGAACAUGGUCAGCGAUCGGUAGGUUUUGUAUGUUAGAGGGGGUGGGGAAUACAUUGGAACCAAAAUAAAUGUACAGAAUUUAUUAUAAGAGAAGCAUUUUAGAAAUACUUUUAGAUGAAAGCUUAAAUGUCCAAAACUACCUUUCAGAAAUCGGAAAGGAUAUGUAGAUUAUUCAGCUUUCGUUUAAACACCAUAACUUCAACAAAAAAAACAACUUAAAGCUGACUGUAAAAACCUAGUUGUAUUUUUCCAGAGCUUAGUGGUUGAUUUGUAUUUAUCAAGCUUUCUUAAACUUGGAUUAAAAUCUGUAAGCCG